AUGGAAUUAAUUAUUCUUAAAACUUAGGAAUGCGCAAAAGUAAUUGAAACCAAAUGGAUUAGAGCAGCGCCGAUCAUUUACAUUUUGAUUGGUACAUUUCUUAUUUCAAUAAACUCUCUGCUUGGUAAAACAGUUGGAAUGAAUGCUAAUUAAAUUGUUUAUGUUAGAGGAAUGGUCAUGUGCUUAUUAGGGCAAGUUAUAGCGAACACUUCGAAAGUAGAACUCUAUGGAUUUUCAAGGGAUGUCUACACGAAGCUAUUUUAAAGAAGCAUAAUUGGAUGUUUCGCCACACUUCUAUUCUAUACUGGUCUCAAGUAUGUGAAUAUUGCUGAAGCACAAGUACUCUUACAAACUUCUCCUUUUUGGACAACGUUAAUCGCCAUCUAUUAUCUCAAAACAGAAACUUUAUCAUGGAAAUUAUUUACUAAUUUAAUAGUAUGUUUUCUAGGGAUAAUAUUAAUAACUUAGCCUCCCUUUUUAAAGACAAUUCUUGGUUAAAGUGCAGUUAUCACAAAAGAUUCUGAAACUUAACUUUUUGGAUGUGUUUUGCUAUUAUUUUCUGCUUUCUUCUUUUCACUAGUUUAGGUAUUAAUAAACAAUUUAUCAAACAAAGUAAAUCAAUUAGUUAUACCAUAAUAUUUCGGAAUUACUUCCUUGAUUAUUUCAGCGAUAGCCUGCAUAAUUGAUCCCAGCCUUAUUUGGAGAAACCCAUCACUAGCUGAGGCUGUUCUACUACUUUCACUUGGCUUAGUUUCUUAUCUGCAAUAAAUCUUUCUGAAUCGUGCAUAUAUGAAGGGAGAUUUGACUGAGAUGUCCAUGUUGGGUUAAACAUAGAUCUUAUAUGGAUAUAUAUUUGAUAUCCUUAGAGGGGCUCAUAUAUCGUAUUUAAGUGUUCUAGGAUCUCUUUUGAUAGUAGGAGCAUUAUUUAAAGUUAUAAUGGAUAAGAAAAAAUAAAAAGAGAGGUUGUAAAAGGAGUUGCCAAAAUGA